CAAGUCCUUUGCUACAAGCAGUCAAAAUUUCCUCCAGAGGAAAUUAUCGAAUAUUCUAGAAUUUUGCACUCAUUAGGGAAAAGUUAGUUUCUAAAGGAAAUUUUUAAUUAUGUACAUCCAUUGUUUGCGCAAAACGCAAUGGUUGUGGUAUCGAAAUAGUCAUAUGUUCGGCCAGCUAGCGAUCACCAUCUGGCGGCGUAGCAUACACCAGACGAUUGUCGGAACGGAAAAAUGCUCAAAUCCGCCAUCCCGCGGUUUAGUAUUGGGAAUCUAUGCCGACGAGAAAGACCCAUUCGACAAUGGCAUGUUAACUCCGAAUGCGGCCAAAUACAACGAGAGCUACACCAACGGAGCACUAAUGGAUCUGCUUCGAAUUGCUGGCCCGAUGCCGAAGCGUGGUGAGACUAGGCUUUUCUUCAAUUUAGAACCGACCUAUUCUGCAGUUGCAGUCUGUGGACUUGGUACUGAAUGUCUUGGCUACGAUUCAGCGGAAAAAUUGGAUGUCUCUAAGGAGGCUGUAAGAAUAGCAGCCGCUACGGGUUGCAAAGAGUUGCAGAAGCUCCAGACUAGCCGAAUAUAUGUGGAGGAUUUUGGCCACGCAGAAUCAGCCGCCGAGGGAGCGCAUAUGUCGAUGUGGGUAAAUCAAGAAAUGCGGAGUCCUGAUAGGCGAAUAUUCAUUCCUCAGCUGCAGCUGUACUAUGAACCUGCGCUCCCCUGCGACUCCAAUGGUUGGAGAAUUGGGCUGGCUAAGGCGGAAGCUCAGAAUCUGGCCAGACAUUUACAGGAGGCACCGGCCAAUCACAUGACUCCGACGACUUUCGCACAAAAUGUGGUGCAAAUCUUGUGCAAUUCCGGGGUGAAUGUUGAAGUGAAGGUUAGGAGCUGGGCCGAGAGCCAAGGAAUGUCGUCGUAUCUUACAGUUGCGAAGGGAUCCUGCGAACCACCAAUUUUUCUGGAACUUAGCUAUUAUGGCACGAAAUUGGAGGAACGUCCGGUAGUUCUGAUUGGCCAAGGAAAUACUUAUGACAGUGGUGGCAUUUGCGCCAAAAAACUGCACGCCUUGCGUGAUAUGCGAGGAGAUAUGGCUGGGGCUGCAUGUGUAGUCGCGACUUGUCGGGCUAUCGCUGCAUUGAAACUUCCUGUGAACAUUCGAGCGCUAAUUCCGCUUUGUGAGCACAUGAUUGGCUGCAAUGCCAUGAAGCCUGGCGACAUUGUGCCUGUGAAAAAUGGAAAAAGUAUAGAAGUUGUCGACACUGACUACGAAGGACCGUUGGUUCUGGUCGAUGCGCUGCUGUAUGCGGAAAGCUUUGGCCCCAAAUACAUUGUAGACGUUUCGACGCUCUCGGAUCACGUGUUGGAAUCGUUUGGUCAGGUCUGUUCGGCUGUUUUCACCAACUCCGAGGAGUUGUGGCAGCGAAUCAAGAAUGCCGGAAUACAUACGGGAGAUCGCGUAUGGAGAUUACCUCUGUGGGAUUACUUUACUCAGCAAAUGUGUUCCGUCGAACACGUGGAUGUGCAAAAUGUUGGCAAAGGAGCCGGGGGUGAGUCCUGCAAAGCAGCGGCGUUCUUGAGAGAGUUUUUGCCGUGUGGGCAGUGGAUGCACAUUGACGCGUAUAAUGUCAUGACGACCAAGGGAGAAGAUUAUCCGUACAUUCGGAGGGGCAUGGCAGGUAGACCUACGAGAACCCUGAUUGAGUUUAUUGCACAAUCCUGCUGUAAGAAUCAAACUAGCGGUUGUAACUAAGGAAAAUUCAUUAGAUGAGACGAAUAUUUAUUUCGAUAUUAAGCGUUGUACUUUUGGCUAAUAAAUUAUGUUCUGUAAGAA